AUGGUCGCAGAAACAGUGGCACCUAGACUCUUGCAUCCUACACCGGAACUAGAGCUUGCUUGGCUUAGGGUUAGGGACCGAACCUCAAUCCCACCGCCUACUGCGGUGAAUUCAACAAGCCACGAUUAUAGCGACCCCUUAUACUUGAGUAAGGACACGCAUGGAGGCAAUACAGGAGCUGUAACCAUGAUGAUUCGAUCGUUGCAGCAAAACGUAGUGAAAACGGGUGUGCGAGUGAUAUCAACGACAGCUCCUAGUUAUUUUGAAAGCGACAGUAGCGAUGUUGAUCUCAGUGAUCCCAAACAGAUGGCACUGCACAAGUUGUAUAGACCGGAACGAAUCACUCCGUCUAAGAGAGGUGUAGAUCUAUUGAAGACGGAGCGAUUGAAUAAGGGCAUGGCUUUCUCGCUCUACGAACGUCAAUACCUGGGCAUCCAUGGACUUCUUCCGCCAGCUUUCAUGACAGAAGAACAACAAGCUUAUCGAGUCAUGGCAAAAUUACGUAAACAACCGGAUGAUCUUGCUAAAUAUAUCCAACUAGAUGCGUUACACGAUCGAAAUGAAAAACUCUUCUAUCGAGUCCUCUGUGACAAUGUCAAAGAGCUUAUGCCCAUUGUUUACACUCCUACGGUAGGAUUAGCUUGCCAAAAAUUUGGAUUCAUCUACCGUAAUCCUAAAGGUCUCUACAUCACUAUCAAUGACAAUAGUAUUAGCAAAAUCUAUCAGAUUCUAAGCAAUUGGCCCACACAGAAUGUUCGGGCAAUUGUCGUUACUGAUGGAGAACGAAUUCUUGGACUUGGUGAUCUCGGCACUUAUGGAAUUGGUAUCCCUGUUGGAAAAUUAGCCUUAUACGUUGCCUUAGCUGGAAUUCAGCCGGAAUGGUGCCUUCCUGUUAUUAUUGAUGUUGGAACUGAUAAUCAAGGUUUAUUGAAUGAUCCGUUCUAUACCGGACUGCGACGAAAACGGGUUAGAGGCGAAGAAUAUGAUACACUGAUGGAUAAUUUCAUGAAAGCUUGUACCAAACGAUUCGGUCAAGACACCCUCAUUCAGUUUGAGGACUUUGCAAACCAAAAUGCUUAUCGGCUCCUGGACAGAUACAAAAACGAUUACUGCAUGUUCAAUGACGAUAUACAAGGUACCGCCGCUGUCGUUCUCGCUGGACUUCUAGCAGCUACUCGACUUACCGAUAAACCAUUGAAAGAGCAUAAAUUUGUAUUCUUUGGUGCUGGUGCGGCAGCCACUGGUGUCGCUGAAUUGGUCGUCAAGGAAAUGGUUGAGCAGGGGCUUAGGGAAGAAGAGGCAUGUGGUAGAAUUUACCUCAUGGAUAUUGGUGGAUUGAUAACGAAAACUAGAUCACCAAAUCUGUCAGAUCGACAUCAAAAAUUUGCAAAGGACAUGAAAGACACGAAAAAUCUGUUGGAAGUUGUAAAAACUGUCCAACCAGAUGGAAUUAUUGGUGCCUCAACCGUUGCUGGCUCGUUCUCGGAAGAGGUUAUUAGCGAAAUGGCCAAAAUCAACGCGCGACCGAUCAUUUUCGCACUCUCAAAUCCCACAAGUAAAGCGGAAUGUACAGCUGAAGAUGCCUAUAGAAUAACAAACGGAUCCGUCCUAUUCGCUUCGGGAUCACCGUUUGAGAACUUCGAGAUCGACGGUAGGAUAUUCAAACCAGGCCAAGGAAAUAAUUCCUACAUUUUUCCUGGAGUAGCUCUUGCUGCUAUUCUAUUCAAAGCAAAGCACAUUCCCGACAAAGCAUUCCUACUUGCUGCACGGCGCUGCUCUAAUUUUGUGACGGAAAAGUCAUUGCAAACUUAUGCACGACUGUACCCACGUUUGAAGGAUAUUCGGGAACUUUCUGUCCUAAUAGCUAUCGAUGUUGGUGACUACCUGUAUAAGCAUGACCUAGCCACACUACAUCCGGAACCUGAGAAUAAGGAAAUGUUCAUUCGCCAACAAAUCUACUCGGUGGAAUACGAAGAAGUUAUCAACAAAACAUACGAUUGGCCAGUGAAAGAUAUGAAACACGGUUUCCCAGUGCCUGUCAUUGAAAGAUCCUCCAUGGACGACGAGUAAUUAAACCAAGCGCCUUAUAUAUAGCUGUUUAGUGAUAGAGUGUUGAGUAAAACUGGAAAUUCCAUUUGGAGUUUAGAUUAGUGGAUGUUGUUGCCAUACAAUAGCUUUUUCCGCUGCAUUCUCUCAUUUCAUCACGACUUUUCACAGAGGUUUACUGCUCCUACUGUAUAUAGACAAAUUAAAAUCACUUAUCGCUGUUGCUUCAGCUUACAUCAGACCAUCAGCAUCAUUCGCUUAGCUAUAUAGCUUUUGAAUCUCUGAAGCUAUCAUCGAAGUAUUUUUUGUUCAACCAUUGUGAGGAUUCAUUCACAAGCAUUUUUUUCUUCAAAAUCUUGGUUCGCAA